GCACCUGUUGAUGGCGAGCCCCCCUCAGACGGCGUUGGACGCAGUUGCGCCCACUGUGGAUGCAGCGUUCGCUGCGUACGAGAAGGACAAGGAGGUAGUCAAGACAUGGGACAAGAUUGUGGAAACCCUGUCGGAGCACAGUUCCUUGAUCUGGCCUCAGCAAAUCUUGCCUCGAUUCGUAGGCGUCGAGCCCAACAACCGUGGUGGGAUUGGAGUAUGCUUCCAGAACGCCUUGAACAGCGCCGCCAAGCACUGUGGCGCUGGCUGGAGCCUGGCUCGCGCCAACCAAGGGGCGUUCGCCGUCCAGGCGAAGCCUGGCACCGCGCGCACUGAGGAGCUGCUGGCCUUCAACAAUCGCAUUGCUUCGACGCAGGGGAUGCCUGAGUUUGAGAGUAUCUUCGCAGUAUCGUUCGGAAGCAGCCACAACAAUUGCUUCCUCCGCGGGGUAAGCGCAAGGAUGGAGUGCGCCAACCAGAAGCUUGCCCCCACUGGGAGGCUUGACCCUUCCGACCUUGGAGGCAAGCAUCCCAGCCUCAGGAAGGCGCUUGAGCAAGGCCUGACCUGGACGAUCGUUGCCGAGGAAGUCGUGGAGCGAUGGCCUUCCUUAGUGCCGCUGGGGCAAAAGGCACUGAAUUGGCGAGGGGAGCAAGAUCAGUCUGAGUUGGAGGGUCUGCUGACGAUGCACAGCAACUACGCCCUCGCCAUCGGCGCGAAGAAAUCCGAGCAGGAUGCGUGGAGUUACGCUGAGAGCGAGGCUGUCAGCAACCAUCCUUUCUGGAGCGGCUGGGCCGUAAGCCUGGCCAAGUUUGCCAAGAUGACCACCACCGAUCAGCUGACCGAGCUGAGAGACAUGAAGAAUGCGGUGGUGAAGGCCCCGAAGACCGCCACCGCGAACUUCGGUUACAUCGGAGGCGCGUUCCACGAGAAGCUCGCGAGCCUCAAGUGGCAUGGGGUACUGCAGCUUCACCGUGUGCGCGGUGCGGCGUUCCUCUCGAAUGCGCUCAGCCCUCUGGAGAAGGUUCGGCACGGGGGCGUGGUGGACUGCGUCCAGGGCUGCGCAUUUUUGACCAUCCAGAUGGUCGACAACAAGUGCUCCUUGGCGAAGGAGUCCGACCUCAACAAACUCGUUGCCAAGGGGUCCCAAGCUGCUGUGCUCCAAGCCGAAGGCAUGAUGGAUUUGGCGAGGGAUAUGCUGGCUGAGCAUAAUGUCCCAAGAGCCAAAUGCAUGGAGAUGCUUGCGCUGCACGACACUGCCAUCGUCAACCACAUCCUGAGGAAGGGCAAGCAGAGCAGGCAAGCCAAGGAGCACGAGUCGCUGGAGCACGCAGGCCAACCAUUUGUUGACCAAUUGUCCGCCUACGUCGGCACGCCCUUGGACAACCCUUGGCUUCCCAACAAGAGGAUCCUCGGGAAGAGCUUGACGACGCAGUCCAUGGCGCAGCUGAAGGACGCUGCGUUCCAGAUGCAGAGGCUCGGCUUUACCGAGGGCUGCAUCGUGAAGAGGAGGAGCAGCGGCGCCAGCAAGGACAGCAAGGACCAGUGCACCUACUACACGCUUGAGCAGCUCACCGCAGACGGCGCCACGCUGAUGCCGACGGGCGUCUUUGAGAAUGGCCAACCCUUGCAGCUGGACCUUGAGAAACUCAAAGCCGACUGGGCGGCCACCACUGCCAAGAUCCAGUACGAGAUCGAUUCCAGCUUGCACUCGCCUGAGGCAUCCAGGGAGUGGAUUGCCAGCCACACCAAGGGCUCCAUCCUAGUGUGCCUGGCGCGCCUGUCGAUACAGAACUCGUCAUACGAUAAGAUCAAGAUCUAUGCCAACCCCUUCUCGGUCAGGACUACAGAGGCAGUGAAAAAGGGCGACCUUGUCUUCGUGCCGACGACGACGAAGAUCGAGGAUCGCGAUGGAGAUACGCCUUGCACUAAGGGGCUCGAUCUCGGCAAGAUGGUGGAGAGGCCCCCCAUCGCGUUCAGCCUGCUAUCCCACGUCGUCCUCCGAGGUCCCAAGUCGACUGCAAAGGCAAUCGUUCCGCCCUUCUGGGCCGUCGCCGAGCCUGUGGAGGGCCAGAAGGCAAACAUGAUCAUUGAGAAUGUAGGCGUGUGCGAGACCACUCAGCUAUCAGUAGAAGGCCUGCUGCAUUCUCACGGCUUCAAUUUUUACUUGCCUGUCAUGACAAACACUGUCGAUCUAAAG